AUGCGCUCGGUACACGGAGAAACAGUUCCCUGGACUGUCCCGCGAUCCAACGGCGACCACACCGCAGACCCGGAAGAGCCGUCAACGGGAACCGGGACACCCGAGCCAGAGGGAAACCAAGAACACCUCAAAUCUACCGGGUCCACUACGCGUGGGUACCCACAUCCAGAACAGAGCGAGGGCCCAGACCCACAGCAAGAGCACCGCGACACCUCCAGCACGCACGUGCGGGGCACAGACCCCUCUGGACGCGCAAGUUCCACGGUCUCCAGGCGCGGUCCAGGAUGCGGUUCCACCACGCCCGUCGCCUCCGGUCCACGCAAAGGAACAACCACAGGGUCCACAGCCCGAAAAAACGGGCCAAACAGGGACCACCAGGAGCAGCAGGAGAGCCAGGUCCUCCGGGAGCCCCAGGACGAAGGGCUUUACAAUCCUUUGUACUACAGGGGGCUCUGGGAGUGGAGGGGCCUGUCGGAAAGACUGGGCCUGUGGGAGGACAGGGCCAUCCAGGAAAAGCAGGACCCCAGGGCCUCAGAGGCAUUCCAGGACCAGCGGGUCCAGUUGGCCCCCCAGGCUUUGCUGGCCCCCCAGGACCAAGUGGGCUUUCUGGGCCUGUCGGUCAAAGAGGAGAUGAUGGACCAGCUGGCCCUCCAGGACUUCCGGUGGGGCCUCGCAGCUGUAGGGGUCUCUCCAUUGCCUUAUCAGGGGCGUAGACGCAGGGCCCACAUCUCUGUGGACGGAGCCGCUCUGGAGGAGGAGCAGACUAACAAUAUCAACGCUAUAGAUAUCGUAGAGGAGCUCCAGGGAGACCAGCCGGAGCAGAGCGGCAAAGCCAUGCAGGAGGUGUUUGCAUCUCUGUCCUCCAUGAAGGUGGACGUAGAGGGUUUGAGGAACCCACAGGGCACCUACCUGAGUCCAGCUCGCUCCUGUAAAGAACUGUGGCUGCUGCAGCCUCAGCUGCCCAAUGGAGACUACUGGAUCGAUCCAAAUCAGGGCUGUCACCGAGACGCCUUCAAAGUCUUCUGUAACUUCACUGCACAGGGAGAGACUUGUUUGCAUCCUGACAAAAAGUUCCAGGCGGUUAAGUUAGCUGGAUGGAAAGGAGAGAAGCCGGGCUCCUGGUACAGUCACUUCAGGAAAGGCAGACAGUUCUCCUACUCGGGCUCCGAUGGUACUCCAGUCCAUGUGGUGCAACUGAACUUCCUGAAGCUGCUGAGUGCCACAGCCAAACAGAGCUUCACCUACCACUGCCUGAACUCUGCGGCCUGGCUGCACAGUGCCACCUACACCCACCAGUAUGCACUACGCUUCAGGGGGAGCGACGGAGAGGAGCUCAAACAAGAGAACACACACUACAUCAACGCACUGUACGACGGCUGUCAGAGCCGCUCAGGACAGGAGAGGACACUACUGGAGAUCCACGCUCCUCACUCUAACUCUUUGCCCAUCGUGGAUGUGGCUGUCUCCGACUUCGGAAACACAAAUCAGAAGUUUGGAUUCCAGGUGGGUCCAGUCUGCUUCAAUGGUUAA